ACGGUGCGCGACGGUGGUGCAGCUGCUCGCGCUGGCGUCCGAGCCGAUCACUGCUGCGAAUUUUCCUACACCGCAAUCAGUCGAUGUCGUCACCAAGUCGGGUCGCGAAGCCCGCCAGCGCCCAUUCGGCAGCUCUCUGAUCACACGAAAUUCAGGCGCUGUAAGCUAAAUAGUAGCGACCGUCGACGCAGCUUUCCGACACUGUCCAAUGUGGACGCUCCUAGCGCUAUCAGCGUCGGGCGACGCUUCGCAACGCUCCUCGCGGCAUGCAUGUUUAGUAUAGCCCUCUUGCUGUUUUUUGUCUCGUCUCGUCACCUCUGUAACGCCUACGUGGAUCAAGCUGGAACCCUCGCAAAAUCCACCGGUUUGCGUCCACGGCACACCCCAGCCCGACAGCGGUAGCGCUGGUCGAUCUUCUCCUGACAACAGAGAGGCAGCUAUGGCAGAAGGGGGGCCUAGUGGCGAAGGCCGGAUGGGCAACGGUGCCCUGCAUCGUGUGCUUGGUUGGUCAUCCGUGGCUCGUUCAUACAGCGCUGAACGAGGGCUGAACCUGACCGGCCCAAGAAACCUGCGGCGUGACAUUCAUCAAGUUCUCAUGGGCCUGACCCCCCUGAUCGAGCAGUCAUCCCUCAACAUCCAGCCGUCGCAGCUCUGGCGACAGGCUCAGCAGCACUACGAGCAUCCACGCACACCCAGUUCUCAGAGCAUGGCUUCGUCUUCUUCCUCGGCCCAAAUGAACGCAGGUGCAGUCUCAUCGUACGUGAUCAACAUGGAGCAAGAGGCCUCACCAACGCCUCCAUUGCCCAACACCCGCAGCUCGUCGGACAUGGUCACUGGAGUGGCGUCUGGAGGGCAGCAGACCGGCCCGCCUAGUGCUGACACUGGCACGGCUACUGAUGACGGGGUGGCCGCCACACCUGAGGUUCGGGCCUUCCUCACCCUGAUGGACAAGUACGUCACCUUCGUGCUGAUCCUGCUUCUCAAGCUGGCAUUCGACCAUCGUGUGGGCGUGCUAGCAAUCGUGGGACUCUUCAUCACAUUUUGCCAUGCCAACUCUGUUAUCAAGCGCGAGGUCAGCAAACAGGCGAAGCGCCAGUUUAGCAGCCUGCUCAUUGUGGUUACCAACCUGUGCACCUGCGUCUGCUUCGUCUACUUCCUCCUCGCCGACAAAGGCCUCGCCUAUGCGCUCAUCCUGGUCCCUCCGUACAGCCAACCCAUUGGUGGACUGGAAGUGGUGUGGAUCGUGGUGGUCACCGACUUUGUGCUCAAGCUGAUCACCAUUUUUGUGAAGGCAGUGAUCAUCGCUCUUCCCGCCUGCCUUUCUUCUUUCCCGAGACGAGGCCGCUACUACCUGUUUGUAGAAUGCUGCUCGCAGCUGUACCGAUCGGUGAUGCCCAUGCAGCACUGGCUGUACUACUUCUCAGAGUCGUACACCGGUGCGGGCAAGUUGUUCAGCAUGGUCCUCUCUGGCGCGUACCUCCUCUGCAAGUGUACAGAUGUCGUCGCCAAAACUAGAGCUUGGAAGAGGGGUCUCAUUCAAGCUCUGUCAAAUGUGAAUUAUGGCCGUCCGCCUACAUCGGAGCAAACAAAAGCAGUUGGUGACACCUGCCCAAUCUGCCAGGAUGACUUCAAGCGGCCUACAAUGCUGGUGUGCAAUCACAUUUUCUGUGAAGAGUGCGUGUCGGUGUGGUUCGACAGAGAGAGGACUUGUCCCAUGUGCCGAGCGCAAAUUGCAGACGACCCGACAUGGCGCGAUGGCUCGACCACAUUCCUCAUUCAAGUCUUCUGAACUGGGACCAGGCUUCUCGCAGUAAAUGAAGAAAAAAAAAGGAAGCUAAGAAGUUUAAAAUGCCUGAAGGAACUCCCCACCGUGUGUGCAGCCAACAGCUUCAAUGUGGUUGCAUAUUUUUCUGUGCUGCUUCACUUUGCCAAGCCUCCCUUGAGUGACUGAGCAAGAAGAAAAAAAUUUUUUUUGGUGUUUUGUCAUCAAGAGGCCUCCCCCCUCAUUUGACUGUUGUGUGUAUGUGUGCAUGGUGAUACACAUACAUGCUGUGUAAUGAUAAUGGUGACAGGGCACAUGUGAAAUCUAAUCAAUAAAGGAAUUUAUGACCACUGUU